AGCUUAUUUUGUCGACAUUGUUGUUGGCGUCGGUCGUCUGUACAGAUGUGGAGUGUUUGUACCUGGGGAACACGACUUUACGCUUUUUGAACACGUGAAAUAUCCGGACUUUUUGUGUAUGCUAGCAGCGGCGUAACUUAGGACGUCAGUUGUCCUUACUGCCUUUAAAAAACAUGCAAAUUUAAUGUUGCCCUGCGUAACGAGAAGACACGCACGAGCCGCAACGUAAAUGAAGACAUUUAAGGAAUCUCUAAAUGUCACUUUUUAUUUCGGUGUGCUUAAAAUGUUCACAAUGGAGUAAUAAAUCGCCAAGUAUUGGUAAAAGUUGAAACAGAUCAAUGCGUCGAAAGUUAGCCUGCCGGAGCGUCAGCCUGAAGAUGGACCCUGCCCACUCAGUGGUGUCUUGAGUCACGAGUUGUGUCACCUUUUCACGCGGCAGUUACCUGUUUCCACUGACGUUUUAUGAUAUUAACUAGGUCACCUGAUCACAUUUGAAAGCAGCAGAUGCAGCGGGCAGGCCCUUCAUCCCCCAGCUGCUCCUCCACCUCCGACAGCUUCCCCCUCAGCCACCUCCACACUGCUGAAUGUGGAAGUGAGAGCUCAGCUGAGCCGCAGAAACACGAAGUGAGAGCAGAAAACUCCCGUGCAGAUCUCUCCAGGAUGAGGUCCAUCGUGAGCUUCUACAUAUGCUACCUGCUGUGCCUGUGCCUAGGCCUGGCCUGCGUGGUGUGUGUGUGUUUGUGGAACAGCCAGUGGCGCGGCGGGUUCGCCUGGGAUGGCUCAGCCCUGCAGUUCAACUGGCACCCAGUCCUAAUGGUAACAGGGCUGGUUGUGCUGUACGGCAACGGAGCUGUGUUGUACCGCAUCCCCCUGACCUGGGGUCAGAAUAAACUCCCCUGGAAGCUGCUGCAUGCUGCGCUGAUGCUCCUUACCCUGGUCUUGGCGAUCGUGGGGCUUUGUGCUGUGUUUGGCAACCACAAUGCCAAAAACAUUCCCAACCUCUACUCAUUGCACAGCUGGAUUGGAAUUGCUGCAACAGCUCUUUUCGCCAUGCAGUGGCUGGUGGGUAUGGCUGGCUUCCUCCUGCCCUGCUCCCCCACAUCACUACGUAAACUCCUGAAACCCGUACAUGUGUGGUUUGGAGGCAGCAUACUGUCGCUCAGCAUUGUUGCCUGCAUCUCGGGAAUCAACGAAAAACUCUUCUUUGUUCUCAAAGGAGACAGCACUAAAACGCAUCGAUAUGAUGAACUUCCACCUGAGGCUGUCUUAGGGAAUUCAUUAGGAGUUUUGAUUGUAGCGUUUGGCCUGGUUGUCCUAAUAAUUUUGUCCAAUCGUAAAUGGCAGCGACCGGAGCCCGGGCCUGAGGACAUGGCGUACACGCCACUGUUUCAAGAAGAAAACGAAUGAAGGAAAUUUCCAAAUCUCACCGCAUCAAACCUGUCCAUGCAAAAUCACUUCAAUCACCACGCCUUUAAAAUAGUGUAAAAACCGUAUUUGUUUUGAAUGUAGAAGCAGCUAUCUGAACAGCGUGGCAGUUCCUGCCUAUUGUGGAUGUAAAUAUUUAUUUGAAAUUAUAUUUAAGAUUGCUUUUUGGCCAAAAAAUGAAAUAAAAUGAAAUGUGUUUC